AAACUGCUUGUGUAAUAAUACACACUUUGUUAUUUCACACCCAAUUCACACAUAUUUUGUCUAACUGCAUCCAAACGCAUUACAAAUUAAAAUGGCCGUCACACCCGAAAUUCAGCAACAAUUCAUGUACUUAUUCGAAAGAGUUGGCGAUCCGCUAUACUUUGGACCCCGAGGAGCUGUUGGAAAUCUCAUUUCUUACAAUUUACCCCCCGAAUUGUGCCCUGAAACGCAACAUGCAUCCACUAUCAGGAAACAAAGUUUUGCAAAUUUGCAAAUGCGUGAAAUUCGUGUUGAUAGACCAACAACACUUCCAAACCUGUCCGGAAUCGGGACGGCGUGUCCAAAAUCUGCAAUUUACAACUACUUUAAUCCAAAUCAUAGACGAGCAACGCAAGAGCUGAGACAGAUUAUGCUUCAACAACCUGAUCUUCGUGGACUUUUGAGCAUGGCAUGCGUUUGCAGAGACAGCGAAAUGAUAAACCCAAAGGUGUGGAUAACAGCUUUUGCGAGCUGUCUUCUUACACGUCCGGACACCAGAGGAUUUCGAAUGCCUGCAAUCUGGGAAGUGAUGCCAGACAUGUUCUUUUCGUCCUUCUGUCUCAAAGAAUCGAUACGACAAGGGUCAGUACCACAGCAAGACAGGGCUGUAGUGGUGAUUGAAGGGAGCUUUACAGGAAGGAAUAAUAAUGUGGAGAAUCGGUUGGCUUACUUCAGGGAAGACUUGGGAAUUAAUGCACAUCACUGGCACUGGCACUUGAUUUACACUCUGGAUGCUCCACGGGGACAAAGAGAUCGAAAGGGGGAGUUGUUUUUCAUGAUGCACCGUGAAAUGCUUGCUCGCUAUGAAGCUGAGAGGCUUGCAAACAACCUUACUCUUACAAAGCCGUUGAAAUUGGAUGAGGGCGUCAUCAAGGAAGGUUACUUCCCCAAGCUAACCGACAGCAACUCGGGACAAUUGUGGGGAAACCGUCAACAGAAUUCGAAACUGAGUGACGUGAAUCGUCUGGAUGAUUCUAAUCUUCCCCAAGGAUUUCGAGUUAUUACUUUAGAAAUGAUGAGAAGAUUUAGAGGUCGAAUAUUAGAGGCAAUAGAUUCAGGGAUGGUUAUCACGCCAACUGGACGAGUACCUUUGACAAUUGACAUGCUCGGAGACAUUAUUGAAUCUUCUUCACUCAAUCCAAAUCCACAGUAUUAUGGUGAUCUUCACAACAUGGGACACGUCAUAAUCUCGGCGACUCAUGACCCGGAAUUCAAACACUCGGAAAAUCUUGGGGUCAUGUCCGAUACUUCAACAGCAAUGCGUGACGUAGUAUUUUAUCGUUGGCAUAAAUAUAUUGAUGACAUAUUUGACCGUUUCAAGCAAAAUCUGAAUCCGUAUAAUCCUACUGGAGGCGAGUUUCCUCUCGCGUGGGAAGGGAUUCAGGUCGAAAGUGCUCAAUUGCAGACCAAGGGCGUGCAGCCAAAUGUCUUUAGCACUUUCCGAAUGAGAAGCAACGUAGAUUUGAGUCGAGGAAUGGAUUUUCUCAGAAUUCAGAACAAUUUGGGCCCUGUUUUUGUUCGAGUCGUCCAUCUCAACCAUGACCCCUACACUUUCACAAUCAGCGUGAGGAACAACACGAAUGCACCAAGGACUGGAACCGUUCGAAUUUUCAUGGCACCACGUCUCAACGAGCAUAACGAACAAUUUCCAAUGGUUCAACAACGCAGACUUUUCUUCCAACUUGAUAAGUUUACUACGCAAUUGAGUCCCGGAGUCAAUGGAAUUACUCGGAGAUCUUCCGAGUCCAGUGUAACAAUCCCUUGGGAGCAAACUUUCCGAGAUUUGGAAAGGUCCGUGCAGACUCCGGCUGCAAAUGAGCAAACCUUCUGUGGUUGUGGAUGGCCUGAACACAUGGUGAUCCCAAGAGGGACAGCAACUGGACAGUUGUACGACGUUGUGGUCUUCAUUACGGAUGGCAACGAGGAUCGCGUCGAACAACCAGCGACUUCUCAACCUGCCAGAUCCAAUAAUUGCAGGGAUGCCGUUAGUUAUUGUGGAGUAUUGGAUCAGCGGUAUCCUGAUAGGAAACCAAUGGGGUAUCCUUUUGAUAGGAAUCCCUAUACAACGGUGAAUUCGAACAACCCCAACGGACCUCAAAUUCCUGUGCCAAAUUUGGAAACUUAUGUCUCACGAGUUCCAAAUAUGAGAGCUCUUCAAGUGCGGGUGGUUUACAACCAAGAGCGAGUGGAGAUGAGAAAUGAUGGCGUUCCUACUGGAAUGCGAGAAGUUAAUGGCGAUCCAUACAUGAACAGCGCAGGUCGAACAGCUUGUUCACCACAAGGAAAUCCACCCCGUCCAGCUCCUGGAUCAACGCCGACUGGUGGCGGAACACGUCCGUCAACAAUGGAAAUGACCCCUGCACGACCUUCACCCCCAAGAGAGCCGAUUCAAUCGGGUUCAUCCCCUGUCCCAAACAGGGUUCCACCGCCAACUACUCAAAAUCCACGUCCUGGAUGGUCUCGUCAAUACCAACAUCAGCAUCGAGGUGAACAGAGGGGACACAGCCCUAGCCCUUCUCCUAUUGGAUGGACACAUAUUCCCAGUCCUGAGCGUCCCUCAUCUCCGAACUGGGGCUGGGGCUGGAGAGGAUGAUCAUUUUUGAUGGAUAAAGUUCCAUACAUAAAUAAUUGUAUGUACACAUGCAAUGAUUUGCUUAAAAAUCAUUAACCAUUUCUUAUAAUUUGAGUCUUUCAAACCUUAAAUAAAUUACAUGCAUUAACUUAAAAA